CAUAAACACAAAACAAAGAUCUCUGGGAAACCGGACACUCUCAGAAAGUCGAUGAAGAGAUGUUACACGGUGGACCUGUUUAGAGCUCGUUGACAGGGACGUGGAGUGUAUUUUCCGGGUUGCGCUGGUCUGAUAGAGAGAGGCAGAUUCAGGGGAGGGACGCCAGCAGCAGCAGCUCCCGAUCUCACUGCUCACACACACACACAGAGACAGAGGCUGACAACUGAUGGUGCUGCGCCUCUGAGAAGAAGAAGAAGAAAAAACUAACUAUCACUUCAACCGGGACAAUUCACCUGAAAUUUGAGGGAACCGCACUGGGACACUAUGGAGAUGUCAGAAUCGGCCUCACAGCAGGAGCGGCUCCAGGCGAUUGCAGAAAAGAGGAAAAGACAGACAGAAAUUGAGAAUAAGAAAAGACAACUCGAGGAUGACCGACGGCAGCUUCAGCACCUCAAGUCCAAGGCACUGAGGGAAAGAUGGCUGCUGGAAGGUGCGCCCUCUGCAGGACCGGAGGAAGACGGGACCAUGAAACAGCUGCGGGAAGAUGAGGCCAAAACCAGAGAUCUUGAGGACACCAUUCUCAGACUGGAGAGAGAGCUGGAGGAGCUAGAGACUGGUGUGUCUGCAACAUCCACCAAAGAGAACCUGUCAGACGCAGUACAGGAAGUCAACAUCAAGACAGUCGAAAAAACGAUUGUGAUGGACUCUAUGACAGACUCUGUAACAGAGGUCAAGGUUCACGUCAGCCCUCGUCUGGAGAAAUCCGGAGGUGUCUCUGACAUGAUGAGAGCAGCGAUGUACUCCGUAGAGAUCACAGUUGAGAAGGACCUGGUGACUGGCGAGACUAAAGUCCUGUCCACUAACACACUGCUCCCCAAAGACCUCUUGCAGCAGGGUGUCAAGGUCUAUGAGGAUGAACAGAAAGUGGUGCAUGAGGUGCGCAGUGUGGAUGGUGCAGUAACCAAUGGUGUUCACCAGCUCAGCUCUUCAGAGGUGGAAGAGCUCCUCCACAAGGCUGAUGAGGUGACCAUGAGCGAGAGCAGCAAGACUACACCGAGACUGGAGCGAGGGCAGGCCGAGAAGGUGGAGAAGGUAGAGAAGGACGUAGUCCCAGCCGCAGCCCCCAUAAAGGAGAUCACGGGUGUAGAAGCCAAACCUGCAGUCCCUCAGACAGAAGUGGGCGGAGCCAGUGCGGAGAACCCGGUCACAAUGGUUUUCAUGGGCUACCAGAGCGUUGAGGACGAGGAUGAAACAAAGAAGGUUUUGGGGAUGGAGAGCACGACUGUGAAGGCUGAAGUGGUGCUCAUCGAGGAUGGAAAUGCCAAGGCCGCCACCGGUGAUGCCAAGCAGGAACAGGCGCCCCCUAACGGCAGCUCAGCAGAGCCACCAAAGGCUGAAGAGGCGGCAGGCGAGUCGGGGCAGCCAGAAGGAGGCACUGCGGAGGUCAAGAGCAAAGAGAAACAACCCUGCAAGUGCUGCACCAUCAUGUGAGCCCAAACACAGACUUUACUGAUGAAAUGCAACAACAUACAGAGAGAACAACAGCAAGGCUGAGAGGAAUAAACGUUCAGUAUCUUUUGAUAAAAGCGGUUGUUUCUUUAAUUGAUUUUUACCUGUUUUACAUUUUGUAUAUUACUUUUUUCUCUCUUGAUCCUCUCUAACCUCAUUUACAUUUUAUGUUUUUUUUUUUUUUUUUUUGUGGCUGGAAUGAAUUGUGUCAUAUGCGCUCCUGUGAGAGAAGGAUCAAGAUUUGACCCUUUAACUGAAAUGAACUGAUCAAACCCCUUUAAUCAGCAUUUCCUUUUCAAAUGUAUUAUUUUUACCUUUCCAUAUGGAAGAUUCAAAUAUUUCCCAUAAUUGUAUAACAUAUAUAAUUUUUAAAAGCCUGUUUAUUUUGAGUUCUCUUUUUGUAGAGCAUCCAUUGUGUGCACUGCAAAGUAUUUUCACUUUCACAUCAAAAGGAAAGAUUGAAGAAAAUGAUGGAUCUCAGCAUUGUGCGCUGCACUGUAUUUAUUACUGACCAAGCUGUGAGAAAUAUUGCAAUUAUUUUAAUAGGAAUAAAACCUGUGGGACUGACAGA